ACGCUUAAAAAGUUUGCCCUUUCAUUCUAUUAUCGAGGCGCACAUUUAUUGUACUUGGGGCUGAUGUCAUACGCAGUCGAGUGAGCGUCAGCUUCGUGGCGGGACAGACAGAAUUAACCGCGUUGGCGGUCAGGUGCCACAGGUUGUCGUCUGCUAGACACAAAUUAGGAUUGAAGACUGAUUCACAAAAACAAUAAAAUGUGUGGCAUAUGGGCAGUUUUUGGCCUAGCAACAAGCACUUCGGUGCACUCAAACACCUCCUUCUCAAAGAUAAGUCACCGUGGCCCUGACGCAUGGCGCAUAGAACAUGACAAACGAAUACAGAACAGUUGCAUUGGUUUUCACCGUUUAGCAAUUGUGGACUGUAUAUAUGGAAUGCAGCCAAUGAAAAUACAUGCCUAUCCUUAUCUCACCCUUAUAUGCAAUGGGGAGAUAUAUAACUGCAAAAAUUUGGCACAGCAGUUUGGAUUUAAGUAUGAAACCAACUGUGAUGUUGAGUCAGCAAUUCACCUUUUUGCCAAAGGUGGAAUCAGCAUGUGUGCUCGCCAUCUGGAUGGAGUUUUUGCCUUGUGCAUCAUAGAUAGCAACAAGCGCCGUCUCUAUCUCGCCCGUGAUCCUUUUGGAGUGAGGCCCCUCUUCCGACUUCGAUCUGGCUCAGGAGUUCUUGCUGUGUCAUCUGAAGCUAAAGGACUUAUGGACAUGGCUCGUGAUCUUGAAGGAACUGCAUGGAAAUUGGAACCGUUUCCACCUGGAGUGGUAGAAGCCUACCAGAUCAGAGAUGAUGGAACAACUACUCUUUUGCAGUCAGAAAAGUACUACAAUAUUGGAAGCAAACCGGCAGCAAAACCAUUUGUGCCAUAUGAUGACUUCCAUCCCACUGACAUACAUGCCAACAUUCGUACCCUUUUGAGGUCUGCUGUGAGGAAGAGACUGAUGUCUGAUCGCCGAAUUGGUUGCCUGCUUUCAGGUGGCUUAGAUUCCAGUCUUGUUACAGCAUUGCUUGUGCGUUUGGCUAAAGAGGAAGGCAUUUCUUACCCGAUCCAGACAUUUUCUAUAGGUAUGGAUAACAGUCCAGACAUUAUUUAUGCAAGAAAAGUGGCUGAGUAUCUGGGCACAGAGCACCAUCAAGUCCUAUUUACCCCUGAGGAUGUAAGACAAGUGCUGGAUGAUGUCAUACAUACUCUCGAGACCUUUGACAUUACAACUAUACGGGCUUCUGUGGGUAUGUACCUAAUAGCACGAUACAUAAAGGCUCAUACUGAUUCUACUGUAAUAUUCAGUGGGGAGGGUGCAGAUGAGUUGUGUGAAGGAUAUAUAUACUUCAGGGAUGCUCCAGAUGCUCAGGCAGGUGCUGAAGAGAGCUUGCGCCUGUUGAAAGAUAUUUAUCUUUAUGAUGGACUUCGUGUGGAUCGUACUUUAGCAGCAUUUUGUUUGGAAGCACGUGUACCAUUCCUAGACCAGCAGUUCACACAUUACUUCAUGGGUCUUCCACCUGCCAUGAGGUGUCCACAGAAAGGGAUAGAGAAACACUUGCUUCGAUCAGCAUUUGAUGAGACAGACUUACUUCCAAAAGAAAUACUGUGGAGGCACAAAGAAGCCUUUAGUGAUGGUGUUACAUCAAAGAAGAAGUCCCUCUUCAAUGUGAUACAGGACAUUGUGGAAUCUCAAGUGACUGAUAAUGAGAUGGCUGGUACAUUGAAAAAGUAUCCCCACUGCACACCACCUACAAAGGAAGCAUAUUACUACAGGAAACAGUUUGAGAUGCAGUUUCCAAAUCAGUCACACCUGAUACCAUAUUUCUGGAUGCCACGAUGGGUGACUGUUAACGAUCCGUCAGCACGUUUCAUCAGUCACUAUUCAGCAGACAGUGACAGUGCCCAAGGAUAAUGGCAUUGCUCAUAUGAUGAAUUGUUGCAGAUGGUAAGGAACUCUAUUUUGCAGCAAAAGGGUGUUGCAGCAGACAACUUAAAAUGCUUGAAGUGGUGAAUUAAUAAGACUAUUUUAUUGUUUUGAAGGUGACCAUAUUCCACUUUUUAAUAAUUUGUGUAUGUGUAUGAUUUAAAGAUUUUGUAAUAAGUUUAAAGCCACAGUACAGACAUCUAUGAUAGUACAUAGUCCUACCAUUCAAACACUUUCUCAUAGGUUUCUAUUGAGUUAUCUUCUUUUGCUCUGUACUCUGUCUGCCUGUGGUUAUACCUUCGUUUCUAUUAAUAAAUGUUUGCAAACAUUACAUUAUUAGCAGUACCAACAGGAAUAAUGAGACACAGUGAAAACUCA